UGUUUUUCGUUUUUUUUCUCUCUUUUUAUUUAAAUUAAUUUUCUAUUGGGGUGGACUUGUCCUUUAAGGAACUUACAGAGAGCAGAUUCUCUCACCAAUCGGCAAUCAAUGUUAGUAAGGGUAUACAUGUAUAUCUCAGUGAACAGACGGUUGCCCUAAGCCCCAACGUUUAAUAAUGUCUUGAAAAACUCCUAAAGUAAUAUAACAUAAUAUGUAUAUAAGAUAAUAUAACAUCAUUUGAUAUAAUAUCAAAUAAUUUCUUCUCCCCCACUACGUUUCUAAUUCUUUCUCCCUCUUCAAGUUUUAUUUUCCUUUUUCAAAUUAUGAUUUUCUGUCAUCACCCCCCCCCCCUUCCCUUGUUGAAGAAGCCACGAACGCAAAGAAGUUUGGUCAACCCGGAUGCAAUUAAGCACCGUCCAAUGGGAAGAGCGUAAAUUUUCAAUGAAUAGAUUACGUAAGAGACCAAUUAAGAAUCUACCAAUGGGAAAGCGCGUGCGCCGUCACCCGUCUGCACAAGCAUGGGAGUGGUAGCUAGAUAAAAGACGCUCAGUUUGAGAAGCUAUCAAACAUUUCAGAUUUUCUCAAUAGCCGAACAACAUUUACUCCUCGCAAUUUCACAUCGUUACUAGUCCUCAAGAUGUUCAUCGUCAAGGUCGAGCGGCUUACCGGCAAGUUUUGUGGCAUGGUGGAAGAUCUACCCCGUUACUGCAUCAAACACCAAGGGGAGCUAUCCGUUGGGAUGGAGGUUGAAAUAGGACAGCGCAGAUGCUCCAGCAAAGAUCGUGUUGUUGAAAUAAAGAAACCGGCCUUGAAGACUCGCACUACGGUCAACGCCGAGCUGAGGGCGACGCUGCGUGAGUUGAAGGGACAACGCCAGGAAAAGGCUUCUCCGAAGUACACAACCCUCGCCGACGACCAGGUCCUGAUUGGGUCUUCAGAUGCUAGUGUGACCAUCGGCCGUGAGGUGUAUCUGCGAGCCUGGGAGUCAUCCUCGGAUGCCAAGGACCUAGUACUACGCCUUGUGUCGACCCAGUUUACGAGGGAGGAGCUGGCAGCAAGCAACUUCAACGGAGGCGACGUCUUCAAUGGAAAGGAGAGGACAACCAAGCGCGGACUCCGGGAAGACAGUAGAUUCCAAGCCAUCCUCGCCCAGGCAGUCAUCCAGUUCCCUGGGAGCCUCACCAACGACCAGCAGAGGAAGCAGCUCAGAGAUGCAGUAAACAACAAAUGCAGGAAGAGUGCCUGUUUGCUCCGAUAGUAAGAUAUGGAUGGACUUUAAUUGUGAAAUGAUGUACCGCUGGUCAAGAACAAGUGAUAUGGACACUUUGUAAAUAUUUAUGACUGAAUAUCAUUUCAUUAUGUCAAUGUGUAUAUAUGUAAAUAUGUUCAUAUGAAUUUUGUUAUUAAAAUGCGUUCAUAUGGAA